AUGGGAAAAGCAUCCAAACAACUCCGAGCCUUCAUCUUGGCUAUACCCGACAGCAAGCUUGAAGCCCUUCCAGGGACACCAGGGACAGUGUCAUCGGACGACAACUUCCGACUGGAUAUGCAAGGCAUGACAAGCAGCAAUCCUCAGGAAUACAACCUUCAGGUUCAGAUCAACAACGGCACUACGAUCAGUACUCUUAAAAAGCAUGCACCGGCUACUGUUGCUGGACCUGUUCUAGUGCCCUCCAAUGACCCCUGGACUGCAGAUCAAAUUAAGUCUGCACUGAUAGCCAGCAUGAAGGUCUAG